AGAAAGAAAAUAUUUGAUUGGCAGCGGAUCAAAUCAGGAAUACAACUUCAUGUUCGAGGAAGAUGGGCAAUGCCGGAUCCAAGAUUACUUGCAUAAAAGUAAACCCACCUAGGCACAGAGAGUAAAAGCGUGAAAUCUCAAACGUCUGGCCAUUUUCAUGUGAAUUUCACGUAUCUCAUUCGCUUCUCCCCAUAUCGAUCCUUACGCAUUCGCAUAAAUAAGCCAAACCACAUUCCACCACCCCUUAAACAGGACAAACAAAGCAGGCUCGAAUUUUUUUUUUUUUUUUAAUAUAUAUUUCUAAAUCGGAAAAAGAAAUAAAUCCCAUGUUUUAGAUUCAUUUCUUCGUCAUAAUCGGUUGUCUUCUUCGUCUUACUCAGUGUCUUCUCUCUCUCUCUUGUUCAAUUUUGUCAAUCAGUUGUUUUCGUCGGUGCAACAUAUACAUAUUAGUAAACGUAGAGUAAUAGUUGAAUUAGUGGGAGAGAAAUGGAGUCGGAGAAGAAAUCAUCGGCAGUAUCUGAUGUGGGCGCAUGGGCAAUGAAUGUUAUCAGUUCUGUUGGAAUCAUUAUGGCCAACAAGCAACUCAUGUCAUCCAGCGGCUAUGCUUUCAGUUUUGCUACAACAUUGACCGGUUUCCACUUUGCCGUUACUGCACUUGUUGGUAUGGUCUCCAGUGCCACAGGCCUUUCAGCAUCAAAGCAUGUCCCUCUUUGGGAACUUCUCUGGUUCUCAAUUGUUGCCAAUAUGUCAAUCACAGGGAUGAAUUUAAGUCUCAUGCUAAACUCGGUUGGAUUUUACCAAAUAUCAAAACUGAGCAUGAUUCCUGUGGUCUGUGUGAUGGAAUGGAUUCUUCACAGUAAGCAUUACGCAAAGGAAGUUAAGAUGGCUGUUGUGGUUGUGGUUAUAGGUGUCGGUGUUUGCACUGUAACUGAUGUUAAAGUUAAUGCCAAGGGUUUUCUCUGCGCUUGUGUUGCAGUUUUGUCCACGUCACUGCAGCAAAUUUCAAUAGGUUCUCUGCAGAAAAAGUACUCUAUUGGAUCGUUUGAACUGUUGAGCAAAACCGCUCCUAUUCAAGCUGGCUCUCUUCUUGUGUUUGGUCCUAUACUGGACUACUACCUCUCUGGAAAGUUAAUUUUGGACUACAAGUUUUCUAGUGGAGUCAUCUUCUUUAUACUCCUUUCAUGUUCUCUAGCUGUAUUCUGCAACGUGAGCCAAUAUCUUUGCAUUGGACGAUUUUCAGCAGUUUCCUUUCAAGUUUUAGGCCACAUGAAAACAGUGGCCGUCCUCACAUUAGGAUGGCUGCUAUUCGACUCCGAGCUGACUUUUAAGAACAUUAUGGGGAUGCUUAUUGCAGUUGUUGGCAUGGUUAUUUAUAGUUGGGCAGUUGAGGUUGAAAAGCAGGCUAACUCCAAGGUAGCACCCCUUUCAAAAACCAGUUUGACUGACGAGGAAAUUAGAUUACUGAAGGAGGAAGUCGGCAAAACUACUGUCAAGGAUGUUGAACUUGCUCGGUCUGGGUAAGUCGACAUCCAUAUUUGGGUCAAGCUAUUGUUGCAGCAGCAUAUUUUGUGUUGUUUAUAGUGAUUGUCCCAUUUAAUUUAUUUUGGCAAGACAUGGUCCCAUUUGAUGAUCAAGAAAUUAUCUAAAAUUGAGAAUUGAAGGUUACAUAGUAUAUGUUCAUCAGA